GCCGGUCAUAGUUUCCCAUUCUUUUUUCUCCAACCCAUGCCUCUGGACGGGCACUCCUACUUGGUCUCUCAGGGAUGGUCAGGUCGAGGUACAGGCCUUCGACAAGGAGCAAUCACUCGUCCUAUAACGAUAUCACAAAAGAAAUCGUUGGCUGGCUUGGGUAAAGAUAGAGAUGAAGCUUUUCCAUUCUGGGAUCAGUCAGUUCUUAUUUUUUCUUAUACCUCAGUCGUACUGAUAGCCUCUUGCAUCAGUUUAUUCUCUGUAGCUUCUAAAUCAAUACAAGUAAAGAUAUCUAAUGACUCAGAGCAUACCUCCGACUCUGACGAGAAAUCCACGUCCGACACCACCAUCAAACGCACGACUACAGGAUUACUCUGUAAUCGCCGCCCCAACGACUGCCAAACCCCCGCAACGUCGGGAUCAUCCACGCCGACUCAGAUGAAUAUCCCAAAAUCAAAAUCAUCCUUAAUCGCACUAGCCAAGCGUGAAGCUGCGAAGAGGAACCUUUAUUCUAGAUUCUAUUGCGGUCCCGUUCUUCAUCCCAAAUCCGAAGCUCCCAGUCCAUCUCCGAGGACGGGUGAAUCAUUAUCUGCGGACCACUCCCAAUCAAGGACGAAAGGCAAUAACAAAGCUCCCGAAAAGGAAAGGGAGAAGGGGAAAUCGUCACGGAAGAAGAAGAGGAAAGCAGACGAGGAAAACAACGAGAUUGAGAAACGAGAAAGAAAGAGGCGGAAGAAAGAGUUGAAGCAGUUGGAAAAGUUGGAAAAGAAGGUGAAGAAAGCAUCUUCCGUUUUAUUGGCGUCAGAAGAUACGCCGGAUUGUGUGGGCAAAAUAGAGAGACGCAAACGGAAAGAGGAGAGACUGCAACGCAAACUCGAGUUGAAACCCCUGGUGACUCCAGAGGGCGUACCCAAAAGCAGCGAAGAGUCGGUCGAUGUGAAGAGUAGAGCGGAGAAAGAUGCUGAUACCAUUCUAGACUCUGUACAAGAGAAUGACUUCCCCAGAGCAAAGAAAAAGCGGAGAACUGAUGGUUAGAUAUGUAGAGUUCCUGCCGUGUUAUCGAUCCCUAAUACAAUACAAAAUUUGGAUCAUGAAAUUUG